CCUUGUCUUAAUGUGAAGCCUAUAAAAGAGCUUCUUCCACUCUCUUUGGAGAGAAACAUCUGUUGUUAUUGAAGACAGUGUUGCUGGUGAAUCCCAGGAUUUUACAAAACUACAAGAAUAAUGAGUGCAUCCAAACCCCAGAAAAGCUGUUCGGUGAGAAUCGGACACUCUCUGAAUAAGAACGAGGAAGAGUUUGUAAAGAGAAGGAAAGACAUCGUUCUAAAAUGCCUUGAGAAGCUCAAGAUAAAGUGUAGUCAGGUGCCAAAAAUUGCACUACUGGGUUCUGGAGGAGGAGAACGAGCCAUGGUGGGUUUACUGGGAUCCCUGGAUCAACUUGGUAAAGCAGGUCUUCUGGACUGUUUCCUCUAUCUGAGCGGAGUCUCUGGAUCUACAUGGUGCAUGGCAUCAUUAUACCAAGAACCGGACUGGUCCAGCAAUCUGGAGGCAGUGAAACAAAAGAUCGUGCAGAGACUCUUUGGUAGCGGAGUUAGCUGGAGUGAAGCAUUUUCCAAACUGGAAACUUAUUACCAUGAGAAGAAAGACAACUUCAGUUUGACAGAUGUUUGGGCAGUGAUGGUCGUCACUUCAUAUGUGAAAGAGAUAGACGAACACACACUCUCAGAGAGGAGCGGCAAGAACAGCAAAGACCCGUAUCCCAUCUACACAGUGAUCGACAAACAUUGCAAACAGCACAAAGAAGCAGACCCCUGGUUUGAGAUCACUCCUCAUGAAGCGGGUUAUUCCUUCAUUGGAGCGUUUGUGGACGUCUCUGAGUUUGGCAGUCAGUUUGAAAAAGGCUCAGAAAUUACAAAACAGCCUGAAAUGGACAUGCUCUACCUACAAGCUCUGUGUGGCAGCGCUCUUGCUGAUGGAGAUGAGAAUUCGAAAUUCCUUUGGCAAAGCAUAAAAGAAUUCUUUGUUCAUUCCAAAUCUACAAAUAUGUUUGAGGAAAUGCAGAAAGGAUCUCCACCUGUGGACAUUGGCUACCAGGUGCUCAUGGAUCUUGUGGACAUGAAUCUGAGUGUUUUGAAUGGCAUCGACCCGUCUCCUUAUGAUGAUUCCAUCAGAGCAAACCUGGAAGAACUUUCUGGAGGCAAAUCUCAGCUGAUUUUUGAAGUCGUAACACUCAAUCUCACUGACAAAGUGGACGCAAAAUUGGACAUGAAGCAAUACACAGAGGAUGUAUGCAACAAUUUGAAUGCAUGGUUCAGUUUCUGGCCAUAUGAUUGUUGGACGAGCAUUUGUAAAUGCAUGGCUGGGUCGAUCUGGGGCAGGAAAUAUAACUUUCUCUACAACACCACAGAUGAAUCAGUGCCUUCUGUUCUGCGGACAAGUGAGAUGAGAGACUAUGAGGAUGCUGGACUGUUGCUCAACUCACCGUUCAUCUCAGUGAUGAGAAAAGAGAGAGACGUUGAUCUCAUUAUUUCUCUGGAUUUCAGCGAUGGCGAUCCUUUCCUGACUGUGAAGGAAGCUGCUAAGAAAUGUGAGGAACGAAACAUCCCUUUCCCAAGAAUCAUCCCACCAAGUGAGGACUCUAAAAACCCAAAGGACUUCUAUGUGUUUGAAGGCAAAGGGAACGCUCCAACCGUGAUACACAUUCCACUCUUAAAUACCGUCAACUGUGGAGAUAAACUUGAGGAAAUGAGGAAGAAAUAUAAAACCUUUCAAGGGUCGUACAGUCAUGACAUGAUCAUUGAGCUCAUGGAGCUUGCUGGGAAAAACAUCACAAAUAACAAAGAGAAACUGGUGGAAGAGAUUCGUAAAGCAGCCAAAUGA